AUGGAACUUAAUCUGAGGCAACAUCAUUUUCUCAAGCUUCUGAAUGACUAUGAUUGUGAGAUUGACUAUCAUCUAGGUAAAACUAAUGUUGUUGCGGAUGCUCUGAGCCGAAAGGUGAUAGCUAAUCUGAGGACUUUAUUUGCCAAGAUGAAGCAAUAUGAUGAUGGCACUAUACUAGCAGAAUUGCAGGUUAAGCCGACUUUGGUAGAGGAGAUCAAGGCCAAGCAAAUUCUUGAUAGCUCUUUGCUCUCCAUCAUUGAGCAAGUGGAGCAGGAGUUCAAACAUGCAAUCCUCAGUGAAGCUCACAGUAGCCCUUAUGCUAUGCACCCCGGUAGAGAUAUACUGGAAUCUGAGAGAGAGUGUGUAGAUAAACAGAGAGUAAUCGACCAUCUGUCUCCGCCACAAGCAUUGCCACGCGCCGACAGUGUGCGUGGGGCUCAACUUCUGGUCCAUGAGUCUUCUGGAACCGGUCCAGUCAGACCGAAUCAGGUCGAGCUGAGUCAAGUCACUAAGCCAACUCGCUAA